AUGGCUGUUAAGUCAAGAAGGUAUCGUAAUACAAAAAAAAGUGCUCCUGUGAAUCAUUUGGAUGUCACGGAAAGUUUGGGUUACCAGACGCAUAGGAAAAAUUCAAGGAAGUCAUGGUCAAAAGAAGAUGAUGAAAUAUUGAAAAGUCGUGUCGAUAAAUGUUUGCAAGAUCUGGGGUAUGUUAAUGGUAUAACUGAUAUUACCUCGAUCCAUGAAUCUAUAGAGUUAUCUAAGAAGAUCCCAUGGGAAUCUAUCGCUCGAGAUUUUGAACAUCAAAAUAGGAAGGCCAAAGACCUGAAGAAAAGGUGGUCUGGUUCUUUAGAUCCAAACGUGAAGAAAGGUAAAUGGACACCAGAUGAAGAUGCAAAGCUUCUGAAAGCAUACGAAAAAUACGGUUCUCAUUGGUUAAGUAUUUCUUUGGAAAUCGAAGGUAGAACUGAAGACCAAUGUGCAAAAAGAUAUAUCGAAGUCUUAAGACCCGAUAGUGAACAACGUUUAAGAGAAUGGUCAAAGGCAGAAGAUCUGUUACUGAUUAGUAAAGUAAAAUUAUAUGGUACUAAAUGGAGAAAAAUUUCCUCGGAAAUGGAAUCAAGACCAAGUUUAACUUGUAGGAAUAGAUGGAGAAAAAUCAUUACAAUGGUUGUACGUGGUAAAGCAGACGAAAAAAUUACAAAAGCGGUUAAAGAAAACAAAAAUAUAGAUAUAACAAAUGGUAGAGUACGAGGAGGAGAAGAGGAUGAAACACAGCAAAAGACUGAAACUAACACUGUAGCAUCAACUCCAGGAAGUCUCUCACAGGUAGCGGGAUAUAAUGAUUAUAAGAAUAGCAUACAAGUGGAUGAACCUCUUGCAGACGCUUCAAUCAACUUAUUAUCUCUAAGGCAUUCACCUGCAGCUCUAACUCAUUUAUCAUCGGUUUCUAACGCACAAUCACCUGUGCCCAUUGACGAUAUUAAUACCCCACAAGGUCGUAACUCUAUGGAGCCAGAUGUUUUAAGAAAUAUACACAAAAUAAAAAACAUAAAAAAUCGAUACUCCAACAGGCCUUCUGCUUCGAGAGAUACUGAAUGGAAGUUUACCUUAAAAGAUGGAUCAGAUCUUUCUUUAUCAAAUGGUACUAUAAGCAGUUUAGACUUAGUGAAGGAAUUAGUAGAUCAAGCUAAAAAGUUUGAUUUGAAGAUAUCAAUCCAUCAACAUAUUCAUAAUCAUUAUAUUACUUCAAAUGAAGCAAACCCUAGCCGUUCUAACGAUACAACAAUGUCUAAGGAGGCUUCUCAGGAUAUUUCUGAAAAUCCAAAUAAUGGUAACAAUUUUAGGGGAGAAAUAGAUUCUUAUGGAAAUGAAUUUCUUUCUCAAAGUCCUAAUUUCAAUUCUUUUGAUCUAGGAACAUCACCUCAGCCAAACGGACAAAACACCGUAUCAACUAAUCAUUUUGAAAAUGUGUAUGCUUCAAAAUCCCCCCCAUUUGCCAGCAGACCAGAAUCAGCUAGUUCGAGAGGUUCAAGAAGUACACCUACUAGUGAAAUUAGAGAUUUAGGUCCAAAUAGAAUAAAUCAUUUCAAUUUCCUACCUCUUUCGGUAAGACCCCAAUUAGGAUCAUCAGACGCUACUAGAAUGGCUUCUUUAACUAAACUUCUUAAUCCAAGUUCUGAUAGUAGCAUCGACAAAAGAAGGAAAAGAUCUAAUCCAUUAAGGAAAUCAGUAAGUUAUCAGAACGAUCAUAUAACGUAUAACAAUCCUGCUUAUAAUUCCAACACAACUAAUUCUGAAAGAUCAAGCGAUACUCCUAUUAAGAAUGAAUCUGUUGAUGAAGAAGAGGAUCUUAAUUAUUGGGAAUCAUUACGUACAUUAGCUGGUAAACCUGCAUCUGAAACAUCAGAUAGAGAUUAUAAUGAAUCUAAAGAAGAUGAAGCUGAAGAAGAUUAUGGAAUAUUCUUCGAUAUUUUUGAGAAUAGAAAUAAAGCGGAGACACCAAAAGAAGAAGUUAAAAAUGAAAAGUAA